AUGGCGACUGCAGGCCCAAGCAAUGCCCACGACUACACAGAGGGCGCCACAGUUGUCGACAUCGAGGAUGUCCUUGAGCACAGUACGCUCGCACGACGCAACUCACAGUUCAGUGACGCAUAUGGGGGAGAAGGCGGCGAGGGCGCAAUGUUUGACGGCCCAGGUCACACAGUGAUACCCAGUAGCAUGUCACGGAUGUCUCAUCGGGAGAUGGGACCCGCAGGAAGAAGAAGCAGCGAGUGGUCGAGGAGGCGAAGGAGAAGCGAAGAUAGUCAGACGUCGACAGGGAAAGGCUGGAUGAACCGUAGAACGAGCGGAGACAGUCAAGGAUCUCAUGUUGCAGACGGAAGCGACGCACGAGAAGAGUUAUCUGGGGACGAGGAAGAAAGACCCGUGCCGAGCAGUAGCAUUAGAGGCAGACGCCGAAGGAGGUCCCAGUCUCCGCCGGCUCAACGGUCAACUGUUUUUGAGAACAUAGCCCAACUUUUUGGGAGGUCUGCAACUGGCGACUCAUCAAGUCGUAAACGCUCUCCCUCAGGGCGGUCAUCUGCGUCUUCUACGAGGCGUUCUCGCAGAAGCAGACAUUCUGAUGCUGGCUCGGACUACGCCUUGGACACCGACGAUGAAGAGGAUAAUCGUUGGGGUUACUCGUCAGGGGAAGAAGACGACGACGACGAAGAACUGAAUAUAAAUGGCUCUAUACACAGUCCCAGUGACAUAGAUUAUGGGUCGUAUCCCCCAUCACCUACAGGGGGUUCAACCCUUCCUCUUCUUUCCUCUGACCCCAUAUUCGGUGAUGAACUGCGCAUAGAUAUAGACAUGCCUUUCGACGCGCUCGAAGCACCGCCUGCUGGUCCUCCAAGCCGGCAAACAAUAUACAUUGCGGAUGAAGACAGUACUAUACGCUUUGUGGGCUAUGAAGUAAUCAUUUGGCGUCAAUGGCUCUGGAGACUAGCAUGUACCAUUUCAUUAGGCAUAUUUGGUUUACUCGGACACUGGUUUCCUCGCGUCUGGCUUCGUUGGGUGACCAAAGAGAAGGCCUUCAAGGAUCUGAAGCAUGGUUUCGUCGUCGUCGAGUCAGCACAUAGAGAUGUGACACUGUUUCCUAUCAAACGUCUAGAUUAUCCGUACCCUGCAUCAACGGUGUUUCCUCCUGUGAUGACAGAGUCAAAUGACCGCCUCACUUCCUUACAUAGAACCCACUCCUCUCAAUACAAGCUUCCUGAUGGGCCUCAUGACGAUGCCCAUGUCCUACAAGAUCUGCUGGUUGUUGAUUACCGCUAUUCACGAUUUGCACUGGACGUCCGUACAGGGUUAUUUAGUGUAAUAAGGGACUGGCGAGAUCCCACAUGGACAGGGUUACAAUCCGUACAGAAUGGUCUUGAUCACUCCACGAGGCGUCAAAGACUUACUCUGUUCGGCGCCAAUGUAAUCGACAUAGCAGGGAAAUCCACAAUCAACCUCCUAAUAGAUGAAGUCAUUCAUCCCUUCUACGUCUUCCAAGUUGCCAGUAUUAUCUUGUGGUCCUUGGAUGACUACUACUAUUACGCAUUUUGUAUUGCACUAAUAUCAACACUGAGUGUAGCAACUACACUCAUUGACACUAAGAAGACUAUUAAACGAAUGCGUGAAAUGUCUCGAUUUUCAUGCGAUGUCGUUGCUUUUGUCGAUAACGCAUGGCUCAAGCAAAGUUCGGCUGAUUUAGUACCGGGUGAUAUUGUCAAUCUAUCCGACCUACGAUCCCACCUUUUCCCAGCUGAUAUGCUACUACUUUCUGGUGACGCCAUUGUAAACGAGAGUAUGCUCACCGGAGAGAGCGUGCCCGUCUCCAAGACACCUGUCAAGGGCGAAAGCAUCGCACUCUGGAGAGACCUCAAAGAUGUGCAAGGUGAGAUUUCGAAGAGCUUUAUAUAUGCUGGAACAAGGAUCGUGAGGAUUCGGGGAGCACUUGCCAUGGACGGAAACGAAGGUCGACCUGCCCUGGCAUUGGUAGUGAGGACAGGUUUCAACACGACGAAGGGUGCAUUGGUUAGAUCUAUGCUGUUCCCAAAACCAAUGGGUUUCAAGUUUUAUCGUGAUUCAAUACGGUUUAUCGGUGUCCUUGCUGGAAUCGCUGGCCUUGGCUUUUGUGCAAGUGCUGUUCAGUUCGUUAGACUUGGGAUUAAAUGGCAAACAAUUUUGGUACGAGCACUGGACCUGAUAACUAUCGUCGUGCCUCCGGCUCUCCCUGCGACGCUGUCCAUAGGCACUAGCUUUGCCUUAGGUCGUCUUCGCAAGCUCGGCAUUUUCUGCAUAUCACCCACGCGUGUAAAUGUUAGUGGCAAGGUUAAUCUGUGCUGCUUCGACAAAACAGGGACACUCACCGAAGAUGGCCUUGAUAUACUUGGCGUGCGCUCUCUCGACCGGAACGCUCAUCGCUUCGGAGAACUUAUUAACAACGUCCAUGACUUGCCAUCUAGUCGUGAUCGUGCUGGCUUUCUACAUGCUCUUGCAACCUGUCAUUCGCUCAAAAUGGUGGACCAGCAGAUCAUUGGCGACCCCUUGGACGUGAAGAUGUUCGAGUUUACGAAAUGGACGUUGGAAGAAGGCCAUGUUGCAGGAACAGGUAUCAUUAAAGGACGCUCUGGGUCGGAUAGACCUGCUGCUCUGGUCCAAACUGUUGUGCGACCUCCUGGGAGUGCACAAUUCCGGUUGGAAGAUGCUUUGAAAGGAGGGACCAAACAUGCCCAUUUUCUUGAGCUAGGGGUGAUACGGACAUUCGAGUUUGUCUCUGCUCUGAGGCGCAUGAGUGUCGUAGUCAAACGUCUUAGGAGCAAUAGUAUGGAAAUAUAUGUCAAAGGGGCUCCCGAGGUCAUGGGUGAGAUCUGCGACAAGGCAUCCUUUCCCCAUGAUUACGAUGACCUACUAUCUUACUAUACCAAACGUGGUUAUCGAGUAAUUGCUAUUGCUGGCAAGAGCAUCGAGGGCCUCUCUUGGCUCAAGGCCCAGAAGUUAAGAAGAGAGCAAGCUGAAUCAAACCUUCGGUUUUUAGGUUUAGUCAUUUUCGAAAAUAAACUAAAACCAGGAACUGCACCCGCAAUCCAAACACUCCGAGCAGCCCAUCUCGCUUGCAGGAUGAUUACUGGCGAUAAUCCGCUAACGGCAGUCAGCGUUGCCAGAGAGUGCAAUAUGGUGAAUCAAGCUGCUCACGUCUUUGUCCCUGUAUUCCUACGUGGAAAUGCCACGACACCCCUUUCAAAGCUGGAAUGGUCGUGCAUGGAUGACGUCUCUUGGAAGUUGGAUGAUUAUAGCCUCAAACCAUUGACACCUCCACCUCAUCAUACAGUUGAGUCAGAAGAAAUACAAUAUCAAGAUUAUGCACUUGUAGUUACAGGUGACGUGUUUCGGUGGAUGAUCAACCACGCUCCUCUCGAGACUUUGCAGCGGAUGCUCGUCAAGACUCAAAUAUUUGCUCGAAUGUCUCCUGACGAAAAGAACGAGGUGGUUGAAAGGCUUCAGGCUUUGGGCUAUACUGUUCUCAUGUGCGGAGACGGCGCGAACGAUUGUGCUGCACUCAAAGCUGCAGACGUCGGUAUCUCGCUAUCGGAGGCGGAGGCAUCUGUUGCUGCUCCAUUUACAAGCAGUACCCCUGAUAUCGGCUGCGUUAUCGAAGUUAUAAAAGAAGGAAGAGCUGCUCUAGUUACAAGCUUUUCUUGUUUCAAAUAUAUGGCAUUAUAUUCCCUAAUACAAUUUACAACAAUCACAUUGUUAUAUUCAUUUGCAUCAUCCCUAGGUGACUUCCAGUUUUUGUAUAUUGAUCUCUUCAUUAUCAUUCCUGUUGCUGUUACAAUGGGUAGAACGCUGCCAUUCCCUCGGAUAUAUCCAAAACGACCGACUGCCAGCCUUAUAUCGAAAAAAGUCCUGGCGAGCCUGGUUGGGCAAAUUGUCAUAACAAGUGCGGUGCAAGCCUGGACCUUUCUUUGGGUUAGACGUCAAGAGUGGUACACGCCGCCGCUGGGCGACGACCCAGAGAGCGGCAGGGGCAAUCAUCUACGGUCCACGAACUACGAGAACUCCACGUUAUUCUUGGUAUCUUGCUUCCAGUAUAUACUGGUUGCUGCGGUAUUCAGCAUCGGCCCCCCUUAUCGCAAAUCGAUGUGGACAAACGGCUGGUUGAUGGUCUCGAUCGUAGCUCUUUCCUUAUUCAAUUUGCUCGUCACCUUAAGCCCUCUCAAAUCUCUCGCGCUACUCCUGGAAUUGAUGCCGCUUCCCCUAUCGGCACGAAUGUGGCUCGUCGUCUUUGCGGUGGUGAAUGUUGUGCUAUCACUGGCAUUCGAGCAGUGGGCAACCCAGGCGAUAUCCAAAGUGAUUGGAGCGCUUCUCAACCUUCGCCAGGAGAAGCGACGUUUCCGCGAAGGGAAAGCAUAUAAAGCUGUGGAAGGGGGAAUGCAGUGACUGACAAGCCACAUACUUAGAUUGCCGCCUUGUAUCAUACUAUAAAUGGAAGGUAGGCAUUGCCUUUGUGACACGUUGCUGGUGCGAUGUGACAGAUUCAUGAUGCCGAGCUGUGCCUCUGUCUGGGUUUGAACGUUUAUGGUAGUGUAUCGAGAUCCUGGCGGGUAUCUUACCGUAAACUUGAGUCGGAGCACGAAAUAUAUUCGAUAUCUAGUCGACAAAA